AUGGACACGUUUCUGCAGCAGCUGCUCCAGGGCAACGCGGUGCUGCUCAUGGUCGUCCUGGGAGUGGGAGGCGGCUUCCACAUGGGCUUCCACAUCACAGGCCUGAGCUCUCCUUCGCCUUUUAUCCAGAGUUUCAUCAACAGCAGCUGGGCGUCCCGUCACGGAGAGGCCCCCCCGCCCCACACCACCACCAUCAUCUGGUCCCUCAUCGUCUCCAUGUUUGCCGUGGGGGGGCUCUUGGGGGUUCUCAGCGCCCGGUUCAUGUCGUCAAAGCUUGGAAGGAAAAAGACCAUGAUGUGCAACAGCUGCAUUUCCAUCGCAGCAGCGUUAGUGAUUCUGACCAGUAAAAUGUUUGAGUCUUAUGAGAUGGUCAUAGGGGCUCGGGUCCUGCAGGGGUUUUACUCAGGCCUGGGCUCCUGCACUCACCUCUUGUACCUCGGGGAGAUCUCACCCAGAAAGUUCCGGGGCGUAGUGACUUUCACCGCCAGUACUUUCACUUCUCUCGGGAAACUGUCCGGACAGGUGUUUGGGCUCAGUGAGGUCCUGGGGCGUGCCGAGCUGUGGAACGUGCUGCUGUGUGUUCCCGUCGGCUUCUCUGUGCUCAACCUGCUGCUGCUGCCCUUCUUCCCUGAGGCUCCACGUUACCUGUUCAUAGAGAAGGGCGAUGAUGAGGCCUGCAGGAGCGGUGAGCACAGGGACAGUGAGCACAGGGACGGUGAGCACAGGGACAGUGAGCACAGGGACGGUGAGCACAGGGACGGUGAGCACAAGGACAGUGAGCACAGGGACAGUGAGCACAGGGACAGAGAGCACAGGGACGGUGAGCACAGGGACAGUGAGCACAGGGACAGAGAGCACAGGGACGCGCUGCAGAGUCUGUGGGGUCCGGGGGACUACAAAGAGGAGAUGGAGGAGAUGCUGAUGGAGAAGGCAGCGAUGGAGGCCGCUCCUCCCAAGAGUCCUCUGCAGCUGCUGAGCUCCAGGACAGUGGGCUGGGCACUGUUCACCCUGUUCCUUAUCUGUGGCUGCAACCAGAUGUCUGGCAUGUCUAUGGUCAGCACAUUCUCCUACGACAUCUUCUAUAAAUCGGGAAUGCCAAAAGACAGCAUUCGAUACGUCACCCUCGCACUCGGCGUUGUAGAAAUCACGACGUCCAUCUGCUGCGGCUUCCUGAUGGAGCACGUCGGGAGGAGGCCCCUCUUCUGGGUCGGUUAUGGCGUCAUGGCAGUGUGCUGGGUCUUAGUCACCGUCACUGUCUAUUUCCAGAAUUCCGCUCAGUGGGUGCCGUACCUUACUUCUGUAUUUGUCAUCACCGUCAUAGUUUUCUUCUGUGGAGGGCCAGGUGGAGGAGUGAACACUUUGAGCACAGAGAUCUUUGUCCAGUCUGAGCGUAUGGCUGCGGUGGUCCUGGUGGGCAUUUAUCGCUGGGGGAUAUUUGCUCUCCUGGGUCUCAUCUUUCCCUUUCUCAUUGCCUCACUGAGCUCCUACUGCUUCCUGCUGUUUGCCUGCUGGUGCCUAGUGGGAGGCCUCUACUCCUUCUUCAUUCUUCCCGAGACCAAAGGGAAGAGUGUUCUGCAGAUCUCAGAGGAGUUCAGAGCCAUCUCCCUCUGCUCCAGUGCGCCCCCUACAGACGGCGACACCUUUGAGACCGUGUUCUAG